CGAAGGUGGCUAAGAGUUUGUAGUAGCAGGCAUGCAUUCGCCUUAUAACCUUUUGCUCGCAGACUUAAACAUGACUCGAGAUUUCUGGUUAUACCAACCCUAGUAAUUUUCAUGACUAUGUAUAUAAUUUCUUGCUAAGCACAUAAGUAUUAUAGAUUGUAUUCUCUUCGACCUCUAAGAAUCGACUGCCACUUGUGAUCAGUCUUUGCUGUACAACGCUAGGUGCGAGAGGUGGAUGUCAUUUGCCCUGCAAAUCCAAUUAACAUCGUGUCAUAUUAACGAUCUAAGCUCGAACAUGCUUUCAUUUGGCCAACACAAACACGUUUUUUUCUUCUUCUUCUUCCAAAACAAGAGCUUCUUUUGUGCUUUCAUCUCUCCUCUUAAUUAUCUACACACCUUCAACACUACCCCCUCUUUCUUCAACAUUACACCAUGUUGGACAUUGCCCCUUCUCAAGCUCCACUCCAUGUGCCUAUGGGCCAUAUGCCUUUUACGUUACUCAAAAGCCCACUACCACGCAAUGUAACUAGUGUACUUGGGCCUCUUCUUGGCAACGGGCCACCCUGGACCACGGUUUGCUCUAUCGUAUUCCCUUUGGCGGCUUUGGAAUUGAAAUGAUUGAUGGAUUUCGGUGAGAAAUGGAGAUAAAGCCCAGCCCACCGGAGGCUGUAUACGGACCAAAACGAAUCCGUAAGCCCAUGUUGCAUUCGAAAUGGCCCAAACCUACACUUGAAAGAAAAAAAUUAUAAUUACUUGGAAAUUUCUCGGCAGCUGAUUGGCUAACAUAAGCUUUUCGAUCCAAUAGGAUUAUUUUAAUAUUCCUCUUUUUAUAUAUUAUUUAAUUUAGUUCAAGUUUUUCAAUAAAAGCUACGCUGCGGCAGCGAACGGUCACCGACGAAAUAAGAAAGCACAAAUCCCGACCGUUGGACCGGCCGUGGAGAUGGCGACAAGUGUCCUCCUCCCGACAUCUCGCCUUCACCAUUCAAUUUAUUUCUGUUUUUUUUUUCUCCUUGGGGGAAAAUAGGAAAAAGAGAAGACAAAAAUGGGAAAAUCAAACGGAUAAAGCCCAGAAAGAGACAGAAUAACUCCUCUGCUUUCAGUCCUUCUUCUGCUCUGCUAAAGCUUACUUCAUAUAUUGUUCUUAUUUUUUUUAUCAAAAAGAUUAAAUCUUUAUUUAUUAUUGUUUUCCGGGUUUGGCUCACUCAGCUGAGCUUGUGUGGCAUCUGCUUGUGCGCUAGUGUUGUUCUCGAAAUAUCCUUUUUGAGGGUCUCUCUCUGUUUGUGUGUGUUUCUUUGCGUGCAGUUUUCUGGUGGGUAAAAUUGAACUCUCUCUCUCUAUAUCUUCUUUCUCUCUCUAUCCCCAUCUCUAGCUACCACUUCUCUGGGUGGUGCAGGUUCGAAAGGGUUCUUAUUAAUUUCUCGCUUUGGUGCUUUGUGGGUGGAAGUUAGGUGAAAAAGGGUUUGCAAGAGAACCGACAUGGCGAACUCGGCGGAGAAGAAGGAAGAGAUCAAUACUCUUGUCCAGGACGAGGGUUUCUCGGUCGAGCUCCCUGCUCCUUCCGGCUGGAAGAAGAUGUUCUUCCCCAAGAAGAAGAGUGAAAUCUCAUUCAUUGCCCCAACUGGGGAGGAAAUCACUGGUAGAAGACAGUUAGAACAGUAUCUCAAGGCACACCCUGGUGGCCCAGCUGCAUCUGACUUUGAUUGGGGCACUGGUGAGACCCCAAGGCGGUCAGCAAGGAUCAGUGAGAAGGUAAAGGCAACCCCAUCUCCUCAAAAGGAGCCCCCAAAGAAGCGUGGCAAGAGGUCAUCAUCAGGUGCCAAAAAGGAAACUAAAGACACAGGAACUGGCAAUGAAGCAACUGAGGAGGCCAAAGACACCAAUAUGGAGGAAGCCGAAGGAACUGGGAAGGACGAUACCGAGGCAGAAAACAAAGAAAAUGCUGUUAAGGAAAAUCUGGAACAGGGUGAAGAAAAAGCACAAGAUCCCGAUGCAAAGAUGGAUGCAGCUGAUGGAGCUCCACCCCAGAAGGAAGCUGAUGUAGCUGAAGAUCAGCAGAAGGGGAUCUCUGAUGCAGUGGCUGAGAAUGAAAGUGAAAAGAAGACUGAUGCUGAGGCUGAGACAACUCAGGAAAAGGAAGAGCAACCACAGGUUGAGGCAGCAGCAACUAUUGCAGAGGAGAAGAAAACUGAAGUUGAAGGGGUGGAGAAACAAGAAGAAACCAACAAAGGGGAACCGGCACCUGAAGGAGAGUCCACCAAGGACAAAGAGGCGGCGGCAGCAAAUGGGACUGCUGAGAAACCGGAUGAGACAACCACCAGCCAGCCAACUGAGAAAGUCGAAGGAGCAUCAGUUGAGAACGGCAGUCAUGCUGCUACUGCUGCAGCUACAGCUACUGCUACCUGAUGAUGAAAUUCCUUGUUGAAGGACUUUCAUUUGGUGGUUGUUCUUUUGUUAAUGUAUUACACCACCCCUUUAUUUCCCCCUGACCAUUUUAGGCAUUUGUGAGUAUUUUGGAUGACUGUAGUAGUCGUGAUGUUGUAAGGAGUUAGCAUCAUCAGCUCUCUGAUUGUUCAUUCAGACAGUGGUGUGAUAUAACUGCAGAUUAGGUGUGCAUUGUAGCAAUCUCCUCAGGGAGAGACUUAAGUAGAAAGAAAGACAGACACAACUUGUUAGCCUGUAGUAAGAAUUGUAACAGUUGUAUGCUGUCGGUUUACUGCUAUGUACUGCUGUUGUGGGAAUAAGCUCUGUACUAGAGAUUUAAUGCUGGUCAUACAUCCAUUGCUUGUGAUUUGAUUCAGAGUAAUUUACCUACACAAUCUACGCAAGGCGUUCUGUGGGAAUUUAACUUUUCACCUUUUCAGGUGAGAAACUUUUACAUUACUACCUACUGAAGAAGUAGAGCCGAACUUUGUAACUCAAACAAGUUCUAGCCGGAGGUUACAACUUUCUCAAAAUCGGAGAAGUAUAAAAUGCAGAUACAGGAAGACUCGGUUGCUCUUCACAUACAGUCAAUGCUCGCAAGUCGCAAUUGGAAAGGAUUGCCCUUUUGAAUGAAUGGACAAUUAGAAAAUGACGAUGCCAAUUUGUGUGUUUUGCCAUAUUCAGAGCCCUUUGAGCUGUGUAAUUAUGCCAGUCAAGGUGGUCCAUUUCUCGAAAGCUGAGGCUGAUGCAUAGAAGGCGACUUUCGAGGAUUCGAUGUCGUUGCCAACGACUGCAGAAGAAUCACAACAAAGGAUUGUUUAAUCUGAAAGGAUUCAUAUUGAUUCGAUUAACUUCUACUCUCAUGAUCAGCAAACACAACCCACCUGAAGAAAUCAAUGAAGCUAGGGAGGAGUUGAAGGUGUCCACUUCGGUUUUCUCUUCAGGGCCCGAGCUCAACUGCAUUAGCAUCGAAGGAGAACCAACUAGUGAGUGAAGAUGCUUUUGGUAAAAAGGAAGCAUUCAAAAUUGUGAAGUGGGUUUCUCAUUAAUCAUUAUCUACAUACCUUGGCAAAGGCUACAUUGGCCUUUUGAACCCAAUCAGCAUUGGUCCCUUUGCCAAGAACUGAACCAGCUGCAGGUAGGUCACUGUUCUCUAUAGCUUGGCCUACUUUACUCAGAUUGUAAACCACAUCUUGCAAAUACCCUGCCAAACGUUCAAACCCCCUUUGUCACAAAAUUCAACAUCCAGUUCACUCAAUCUGGAAGCAACAAAUUACUAACACAACC